UGUGUAAGUUAAUGUUUGCAAAGUAGCACUAUAUCUAGUAGCGUUAAUAAUUGCAGUUAAAGUAGUAUAAAUAAACUAACCCUAAGUAACACUAAGCUAAGCUAACACUAACACUAAGUUAUGAUUAUUAUACGGUACAAGAUAAAGAGGGUGUGAAUCCCAUGUAGAUAUACUGGUACAAUUAGACAUUAUGGGUUCACUCGGCAUGGAGUCUACGAAGACGAUAUCUGAAAUAAGUGAAGAGAUAUUACACGAAUUUAAAAAACAGGUCCUCCAAGAGCACCGGCAGAAAUUGUGUGAAGUUAUAUACCCAAGAGACCAUUAUCCCUGCCUUCGAGGAAGUUUUGUUCUUACCAACGAUGACGAGGAACGAAUACAAUCCAAUUGUACAAUAAAGGCCCAAGCGUCUGCCAUGCUAGACAUCAUCGUCACAAAAGGUCCAGGGGCAUUCGAUGCAUUUUGCAAAUCUCUCCAAGAGAAUCGGACACAAAUAUUCCUACUGAAACUGCUCAACCAGUCACUUGAAGAAAAAAUCAAUCAUUUCAAAGGUAUUUACCUGGUGAAACCCACAAUAUCAACACAAAACCAUUCCAAGUCAGAGGAAAACAAUUUACCUGUCGUCAGUAAAGCUCAUCACAUUGAUGGCGACUCGUUACCAGUCCCAGGUGAAGAUGGAGGACCUGAAAUUCCAGAUUAACUGUUAAACUGUCAUAAUGACUGUUUUUAUAUUCACUGACUUUACUCAGUGCUUGUUAUUAACCAGUGAUCAACUAUUAAUUAAUCAUUGAAUAUAAAAUAGAUUAUAAUUAUACAGAUCACUGUGUAUAAAAUGAUGUAUAUUUAUAUAUUAGAUCGUUGUUCUGUUUCUUAUGGUAAAUACAUUUUUAGGUAUGAAGUGGAUGCAAAUGAAACAUCUGAUAAUCUGAUAAUAGUUAUACAAUAUGUACAGUGAAUACGAAGACAAUCAGUUUUAACUUGUAUCAAAUAGAUUUUGUUGAAAUUUCUUAAUUUUUGAUAUGUUGC